AAUGGCCGACGAACUGGGAAUGCAACAAGAUCUGGAAAAUGUUCGCAAUGGACUACAGUUUUUCGAUCGGGCCGACGAUCUUACAGUCUCAAAUGUUGGAUUAGCUGCUCGAGAAGGUGACGAAGAAAGGUUAAUACGUCUUAUUGCCGAUGGAUCUCCUUGUGAUGUUUCUGAUAAUCGUGGUUGGUUUCCUCUUCAUGAGGCGGCUGCUGCAGGACACUCUGGUUGUCUACGAAGCCUGCUGGAACACAAGAAUGAGGAUCUUCUUGAUUCUCGAGCAUACAGUGGUGAAACACCUCUCUUCUUGGCAGCAUUGAGUGGCCAUGUUGAAUGCAUCAAGACACUAAUGGAAUUUGGAGCUGAUGUGAAUGUCAUGAAUGAUGAAGAAGUAAACUUGUUGGUGGCCUCUGUGAAAAGUGGGAGUUUAGAGUGUUUAAAGAUUUUCUUAGAAUGCAGUUUAGAUGUAAACAGUCAGGAUGUUGGAGGAUGGAGUGCUUUACAUGAAGCAGCAUUUGCUGGUCGUGAAGACUUCAUUAAAAUACUUCUCUCAUUCGCGGCAGACAUUAACAUACAAAACAGUGAUGGUGCCACACCUUUGUUCACCGCUGCUCAAUAUGGACAUAAGGCUUGCUUAAAGCUACUACUAAAAGAGGGGGCAGAUAUCAGUUUAUUGACUGUAGAUAAGGCAUCGCCAUUGUUUAUUGCUUCCCAGGAAGGCUUAACAGAUUGUAUCAACAUGCUGUUAACUGCUGGGGCAGACCCUGAAAGUAAAGUUGUUGAUGGAGCAACACCGCUUCACGCUGCUGCAGAACGCGGGCACCCUGAGUGCAUUGAGAUUCUUUUAAAUGCGGGGGUGAGUGCAUGCGCAGAAACUUAUAUAGAGAAAAUCACUCCUCUGCACCUUAGUAGUCAGGAAGGUCACUAUAAGUGCAUGGAGCUGCUUUUAUCAGCAGGUGUUAAUGUUGACGCACCAACACAGACUGGAAACAUGACUCCAAUUUGUUUAGCCUGUCAAGGACAUGCGGAUUGCACUAAACUGCUUUUGGACUGCGGGGCAAAUCCUAACCACAUAUAUGAAGAUGUAGACAUGCUGCCCAAGACACCACUGAUGGUUUCCGUUGAAGGUGACUACGUCGAUUGCGUUAAAAUCUUGGCGGAGCGUGGCGCAGAUGUGAACAGAGCGACAUACACCACACCAUUAAUUCUUGCUGCGCAGAAUUCGUCCCAUGAUUGUGGUAAGAUCCUGUUGGACUUCGGCGCUGAUCCCAAUUUUGUGGAUCGAGGGAAGAAUACAGCGUUAAGCAUAGCUGUAACUAGGUUAGGGUAUGGCCAUAAUCAGAAGUCUCUUCAAGUACAGUUGGAUUGCAUUAAACUUUUUCUCAAGCUUGGAGCAAGCGUUGAUCAGCUCCACCAAGGAACUUGCAUAGCUUUUAAAGACCCUAGCGCCAUGAGAGUUCUUAAUCCAGACUUGUAUAAGCUGUUGUUAGAAUUCGAGGGAAAUAGACCGCACUCGCGGGAGAUUUGCCGCGAAAACUCUCGCGCAAAGCGCACUAACUUGAAAUGGCGCAAACUGGAGCGUCUGACCAGUUCACCGCGGUCACUGCAACAUUUUUGCCGGCUUGUUAUAAGAAAGAGGAUUAACAGUUGUAGAAUGCAACGAAUCCCAGAACUGCCUGUUCCGCAUUCGUUAAAACAGUACCUGAUGUAUUCCGAUUUGUGAAAACGGAGUGCUGGUCUAUUCUAGUGUUAUUAUUUGGAAAAUGUUCUCUUUCCUUUCUUUGUAAACUUUCUCGAGUUCCCUGAUCGUUUGGGUCCAUAGGUCUGGGCUCUCUCCUCGUGACUCACUGACUCGUUUGUAGUAAGUCUACCUUCUUUGGUUUAGAGUUGAAUAGAGCGGUUUUUUAA